GAGGGAGUGGAAAAAAAAGAAGGAAGGAAGGAGGAAGGAUGAGCGCAAUGUAGAUAAUAUUUCUUCCAUGUAGCCCGUGAUUUUACACCUGCGAUGAUCUAAUGCCAAGCAAUACACCGCCGAAUUCCCUUCAAAAGCCAUACAGCAGCUCGCCACCGUGAUGCACAGAUUUGCACUAUCAGAAACGACAUCGGCGGAUAUUAUUUUGAAACUCUGACUGAACGCUGAUUUUCUUCGGGUCGGUCCUGCUGGAGCUGCACCGGGCCUUUGCUAUGCAGUAAUGGAGCAGCUAUUAUUUCUUGUAAUUUUCUACUUGCUUCCUACUCUCGUCUCAUCUAUACAUAAUUCAACGACCGGAGGAUGUGCAAUCAUUCGUCCCCCCAGAGACGGAGGGAUACGCUACAGAGGACUGACUCAGGAACAGAUCCGCAGUGUGCAGAUCUUACCGGUAGACUAUGAGAUUGAAUAUAUCUGUAGAGGAAGCCGAAUUAUUGUGGGACCCAAAGUUCGAAAGUGCCUUCCCGAUGGCACUUGGACUGAUAUUAACCAGCUCAGCAGAUGCUUGAUGAUGUGCCCGCGCUCCUGGAUGUCCCUUGAGAACGGGAGGGUGUCGCUGCAGCCGCCGGGACCACCAGUAGAGGGCACAGUCCUUCAUUACAGCUGCCAUGCUGGAUUCCUACUGGAGGGUUUUAAUAUCUCACACUGUACCAAACUGGGCAAAUGGGACUCACCAAAACCCCUAUGUGUCUAUGACAGCAACUACACAGGGAAGAAGAAGUUGUACAUCGGAGCUCUGUUUCCCAUGAGUGGAGGAUGGCCCGGUGGUCAAGCGUGUCUCCCCGCAGCACAGAUGGCGUUGGAUCUCGUGAACAACCGGAGCGACAUUCUGCCGGACUACGAGCUGGAGCUCAUUCAUUACGACAGCAUGUGUGAUCCUGGAGAGGCCACUAAACUGCUGUAUGACCUGCUCUACACAGAGCCCAUAAAGAUCGUCCUGAUGCCGGGCUGUAGUUCAGUGUCGACGCUGGUGGCCGAAGCAGCGCGAAUGUGGAAUCUGAUAGUGUUCUCAUAUGGAUCUAGUUCUCCAGCGUUAUCCAACCGCCAGCGAUUUCCCACCUUCUUCCGUACGCACCCGUCAGCGACUUUGCAUAAUCCCACACGUGUGCGGCUCUUCCAGAAGUGGGAAUGGACAAAGAUCGCCACCAUCCAGCAGACCACUGAAGUCUUUACCUCGACUCUGGAUGAUCUGGAGGAGCGUGUGAAGGAGGCCAACAUCGAGAUAAGCGUCAGACAGAGCUUCCUCACCGAUCCCGCAGUGGCUGUCAAAAACCUGAAGCGUCAAGAUGCUCGAAUCAUUGUCGGAUUAUUUUAUGAAACUGAAGCCAGAAAGGUGUUUUGUGAGGUCUUCAAAGAGAAACUGUAUGGUAAGAAGUACGUAUGGUUCCUCAUCGGCUGGUACGCCGACAACUGGUUUAAGAUCAAAGAUCCGGCCAUCAACUGCACAGUGGAGAACAUGACAGAAGCUGUGGAGGGACACAUCACCACUGAAAUCGUCAUGCUAAACCCUGAGACCGUCCGCGGGGCUUCCAACCUGACCUCACAAGAGUUCAUUGCUCAGCUGAUGUCACGUCUCGGUGGCAAAAACCCAGAAGAGACCGGUGGCUUCCAGGAAGCUCCUUUGGCGUAUGAUGCCGUCUGGGCUUUGGCUCUGGCCCUCAACAAAACUGUGGCCCCGCUGAGGGCCAAAGGCUGGGGCUUGGAGGACUUCAACUACAACAACAAGGAAAUUACUGCCGAGAUAUACAGAGCCCUCAACACCAGCUCGUUUGAAGGAGUGUCUGGUCAUGUCGUGUUUGAUGCUCAAGGUUCACGUAUGGCCUGGACUCUCAUUGAGCAACUCCAAGGUGGCAGCUAUAAGAAGAUUGGCUACUAUGACAGCACAAAAGGCAACCUGUCCUGGUACGGAAACGACAAAUGGAUCGGCCUCAGUCCACCGGCAGACCAGACCAAAGUGAUAAAGGAGUUCAGGUAUCUCUCUCAGAAGCUCUUUGUCUCCGUGUCUGUGUUUGCUGGACUCGGGAUCCUGCUGGGCAUCGUCUGCCUCUCAUUCAAUAUUUACAACAGCAGCGUCAGGUACAUCCAGAACUCUCAGCCGUAUCUGAACAACAUGACCGCGGUGGGUUGUGUUCUGGCUCUGGCCGCUGUCUUUCCUCUGGGCAUCGAUGGCCUCCAUGUCCGUAGAUCACAAUUCCCUGUGGUUUGCCAGUUUCGGCUGUGGCUGCUGGGACUGGGCUUCAGUUUGGCCUAUGGCAGCAUGUUCACCAAGAUCUGGUGGGUUCAUACUGUUUUCACCAAGAAAGAUGAGAAGAAGGAGAAAAGGAAGCACUUGGAGCCGUGGAAGCUGUACGCCACCGUCGCCGUUCUGCUGGCUAUUGAUGUUCUCUCUCUGCUUAUCUGGCAGAUCAUGGACCCGCUGCACAUAACCGUGGAGCAGUUCACUAAAGAGGCUCCUAAAGAAGAUCUGGAUGUGUUGAUUCAGCCGCUUCUCGAGCACUGCAGCUCAAAGAAGAUGAACACGUGGCUUGGUGUGGUUUAUGGCUACAAGGGGCUUCUGCUGCUGCUGGGCAUCUUUCUGGCCUAUGAGACCAAGUCCAUUUCCACGGAGAAGAUUAAUGACCACAGAGCGGUCGGCAUGGCCAUUUACAACGUAGCUGUGCUGUGUAUGAUCACUGCUCCAGUGACCAUGAUCCUGUCCUCUCAGCAGGAUGCUUCAUUUGCCUUCGCUUCUCUGGCCAUCAUCUUCUCCGUCUACAUCACUCUCGUCGUCCUCUUUGUGCCAAAGAUCCGCCGUUUGAUCACUCGCGGCGAGUGGCAGUCGGAGCAGCAGGACACACUGAAGACCGGCUCAUCCACCAACAACAACGACGAGGAGAAAUCCAGACAGCUGGAGAGAGAAAACCGAGAGCUGCAGAAGAUCAUUCAAGAGAAGGAAGAAAGAGUGACAGAGCUGAGGAGUCAGCUUGCCGAGCGUCAGGCCUUGCGCUCUCGCAGACGUCCAUCCGUCCAGAACCAGAACCAGAACCACAGCGUCCCGUCGCCUCAGGCCGACCCGCCUAGCUACUGUCCCACCACAGACAAACAGAGCAUGCCUCCGUCCUUCUCCAACUCCUCCAACCUGUACCAGGGCGAGAGCAAACUGAGCCGCAACAACUGCCACAACAGCCGCCUGCCGCUGCUCUACAAAUGAGGACGCCGCAAUGUAGAGCUCACUGUCUGAAAACCGGUAUUUCACCUACGUUAAGUUUAUGGGGGUUUUUUGGGCUCCUCUUUUGGAUUCUUCACAUUCCUGACACUGACUUCCUCUUUUGUUCACUUGUCAUUAAAACACGUCAUGUAAAACAUUUUCCACAACUUUGUUUAAAGGUUUGGGGUCAUUAAGAUUUUUUUAUGUUUUAAAAGAGGCUCGCUAAAGGGGUCGUUCACACAGAACACGUUUUUUAAUGUUUUUAUUCCAGUAUGCUACUUUUUUAUGCUUUUUCUAUGUAAUCUCGCUUGCUGGAUAUGCGUUACUUUUUCAGAGCUUCACACAUAAGUGCUGCGUGUUUAAGACCCCGUCAAGUUAAAGGAUUUAAACUUUUUUACGCCCCUCAUCAAUGUCAGUUCCAAAGCAGUGGACCAAUCAGGAGAACUCGGGGGAGGGAUAAUGUUAGAUUUAGCUCUGUUUGGCAUAAUCGUUAUUGGGUGGCUCGCUAAUCUAUUCGCUGACUCUAAGGCCUUGUUUACACUGCCAGUUAAAUGUGACCCAAUUCCAAUUUUUUUGCUCCUAUGUGACAUGAAAAACACGAAAAAAACGCAUUCAUUCGGGUAUAUUCAGAGAUCGGUUUCAGGCCUCCUUUAUAUGUGUAAAUAAAUCAGAUAUGAAUCAAUGCGGCAAUAAGACUUUUUUAUUAAACUUGCGACAAUGUGGUAAUUCUUCACAGUUUAAUGAGUGUGUGUGCUCAUUCUAAAAUUUCGGACCCAUUGCUCUUUAUUAAAGCCCCCCAAAAUUUGCUCCCACCAGACCUGAUAUCUCUUUCGUACCACCCAAAAUCGUCUGAAUGGUGGAGGACACCAUAUAUAAACCAUAGGUGCAAGCUAUGAUAACGGCCCUUUACCCUCCUCCUCUGCCUCAAAAUUAUUUUAAAGUUGGGCGAACUUCGCAUAUUUCGCAGAACUAAAAGCAAGACAAUUUCUUCCAUGGUGGCGCAGAUGCUAGUAAUUACGCAUGCGUGACAUUGUAAAUUGUAUGGCAUGUGUAAACGCAUGAAUCAGAUAUGGGUCAUAAUUAAAAAAACAUGCAAACAGACAGGCUAAAAAAAUCAGAUACAGACAACAAAUCGAAAUUGGUCAUUAAGACCUGACAUUGUAAAUGUAGCCUAAUACACAAAAUAAGUAAGGGCCUACUUACACUAUGCUAUCCGAACCGUGCUCUGGCCUGUUUCCCGGAUCAUUUGAGAAGUGUGUGUGCUCUGAAUCGGGCUCAGGCACUGUUGACUUGGCCGGCCCUGGCCCGAGAGUGGUUCACUUGGGCAUGGUAUAUGCUUGUGUGUGAGUGCAAAAUGCGGCUGAGCCUGAAACUGAAGACGAGACGUGACUUUUAAGGGACUGUUUGAU